GGUGGGAUUCGCUGCAUCUGAUUGGUGCGUUUACUGCUCGAGCGCGAUUUUGCAACACGGUACAAUCACUUGUGUGGGCGCACGCUGCUCAGACUGGCCUCGCAGCACUAGGACCAAUAGAAGUCAUUUUUGUUUAACUUUUGCGGCUACUCGGUUAUUAUUCUUGCCUAUUGGAAAUGAAGGACGUAUUUACCCCGGAUUAACACGGCGCGCCAUUUUCUUGUCGUUAUUUAACUCGGGAGGGGAGGGAACGGGAAAGCCGUCUGUAUUUUCAUCCAUUUCCCCGGAGUUUUGAGACGCAAACAAUGACCGACAGCAAGCCCCCUCACGUUAUCUUCUGCAACGACUCCCCCAAGAGAGUCCUGGUGUCAGUCAUCAAGACCACCCCAAUCAAGCCGCACAAGGCCGAGGCCAUGACGCCCACCAGCCCGGGAUUCAGCGACUUUAUGGUGUACCCGUGGAAGUGGGGAGAGAACGCCCACAACGUGACACUGAGCCCGGGUUCGCUGAGCGGGGCGUCGUCUCCAGGUCCAGGCGGGACGGCCGGAGACGCCGACGCGGCUUCUUCACCCGACCACAACAAGGACGGCAUCCGCAGAGGGCGUCCUCGAGCCGACACAGUCCGGGAGCUGAUCAGCGAGGGGGAGACGUCCUCCAGCCGCAUCCGCUGCAACAUCUGCAACCGGGUGUUCCCCAGGGAAAAGUCUCUCCAGGCCCAUAAGAGAACACACACGGGUGAGCGGCCGUAUUUGUGCGACUACCCGAACUGCAGUAAGGCGUUUGUCCAGAGCGGUCAGCUGAAGACCCACCAGCGGCUCCACACCGGAGAAAAACCCUUCGUCUGCUCAGAGAAAGGGUGUGGCAACCGAUUCACGCAUGCCAACCGUCACUGCCCCAAGCAUCCAUUCUCCCGCCUGAGGAGGGAGGAGCCGAAGGAGGGCACGGGCAAGGCGCAGUCUGUGGACAACAAGGCAGUGGCAGAGUGGCUGGCAAAGUACUGGCAGACCCGAGAGCAGCGCGCCCCCGCCACCGCCACCGCCAAGGCGCAGGGCAAAGUCACCAGAGCGCAGGACCAGGAGCAGCGGGACCCCAUGGAGUUCCUUCAGUCCGGCGAGGAGAACGACGAAGACGAGGGGGUGGCGGAGGAGGAGAAGGGCAACCAGGGCGUAGCCGCCAAGCGCCGCCUCCAGGAGCAGCGCGAGCGUCUCCACGGUGCUCUGGCGCUCAUCGAGCUGGCCAACAAUCUGUCUGCCUGAGCAGCGACCCUGCCCUCCCCGGAUCACUUCUGUCCAGCCCCAGUCCGCCUUCCUUCCUUUGUAGUGUGCUGUAGCUAGACCAAGUCCAGGUCCCCUCGUAGACCUGAGAUUAGUGUUCGCAAGUUCACGCACAGCAUCGGCCCCUCCCCACCAUAGGAAGGCACAAGCUAAAGCACCUUAUUCAGCUUCCAUUUAUCCUUUUAGGCUGCUAUUGUAGAUGUAACUAUAUGAAGAAUGUCGCUCUUCUUUUCUGUCUUUUAAAGGCGAACAAAGAGUACUUGGUGUGUUUUUAAGUUGUUUUCUUUUGCACUUUGACGGUAACAAGUUAUUAAAGGGUAUGUUUUCAAGCGAGUGACUGUAAAUAUGAUUGAAAGAUUUGCUAACAGGGUGUACGCCUCACAAGUCCGACAGUCGACGCCUCUCAAGGUGUCAGUAAAGGAUAGUUUUGUUUAUUGUUAUUUUUUUUUUCUUGUUUUUUUGUUUUUUUUUGAUAGAGAGUUGGGAGGUGUUUCCUUGUGAGAACGACAGGCGGUCAUUGCAAGCCUAAUCCACUUUUGACAGCGUCGUCACCUCUCACCGCAUCAGAUCUGUGUCGCAUCACCACGUGCAUUUAAAACUUUUCUACCAAGCAGUUAAGUACUUAAAGCAAGUUUUCUUAUUGGGUCUGUUUGGCAGGCUUAAGCCACCUUUCCACCAAAGAGGUUUAGUUCGGCUUGUCUUUCCACUGCGGGUUGUGAGAUGGCAUCACAUCAUAAGCAUCCAACCCAGUUGUAAUCCACAAUGUUUUCUUUUCUUUUAAUGGCACUUUUUUGUUUCCUUCACAUUCAGUCGGCUCGUAACGUGGAAGAAGGUGGAGCUUGAUCAUGUCCGUACUCUCGUUGAUCAGGGUCAAUUGUUCCAAACUGUAUUUUUUUCGUGGAAACCAAGAUUGGGAUUUUGUUUCACCUCUGUUGUCUUUUAUAUUAAAAGGUGGCAAAUUAGUUCUAAAAGGCUCAUUGAGUCUUCUAUCCAAAUGAUUCAGAUCUGAAAUCCGCAGUAGACUUUUCUUGGAUGUUUUUUCGGUCAGUGUUUAUAAAAUUGAAGCACUUGCAUUUUAAAAUAAAUGUUGGAUUAUGCUUGCAAUGCCUUGGCUAAACUUUGGGAAAAUGGCUCCUGUUUGUCUCAAACUGAUUGUUUUUGUGCUUGCUUGCUGAGUUUUAUGUUUGUCGUUUAAGCUACACUACAUAACACUGUAUGAAGCGUAAUAACCCGACUUGAGUUUUUUUUUUUUUUUUUGGGGGAAGGACUGUGCAUCAAAACGUUUUUUUUUUUUUUUUUUUUUUUUUUAUUGGAUUUGAAAAUGUCCUGCGAGGCGAAACUGGAAGUUGUUGAUAAGUCACCAAAUGACUUAUUGUACCUGGUUAUAGUCUAUUUUGAAGCUUUUCUAACUCUUAGGCUUUUUUUGUGUGAGUGUUGUUUGACAAAAUGAUGGCAUUUUAAUAUAUACCGAUCGUUAGAAUAAUAAUGUUUGUGCACAAUUUACCAACAGCUUCGAAGUGUAAUUUUAGAAUCAGUUGUCUCCCAUGUUAACACUCCUGACACUUGUUGAGUGAUUCUUGCUUGCUUGGUAGAGGUUUGUAUGUUAACAAUUACAAAAAGUUUGGGCUUCUCUUAACAAGCUGUACACUCUUAUAACAGUGUUGGUUUUCAAUAAACAUUCACGGAUCUGUA